AAGGUCCUCAGGGGGAGGAGGAGUAGAAACCUGGCCUCAGGCUCGUGUGAGCUCCAUUCCGGCUCCCCAACCAGAACUACCCUGGCGGGUGGAAACAGCUUUUACCGCGUGUGGCUGUCGCAUGUGGUUUUGGAAUUUUCCAACGCCCCCUACGAUUGGCUGCCCCUCCCCUCACACCCUGCCCCAGGCCCAGAUUGGCCACGUGGGGCGCCUGUCAUCCUACUCACUGCACCCCUUGGGGGUGGGGUGGGGGGUUGUCACUUGGCCACCUGUGUGGUGCGGAGCUUAAACCCCCCAGCCCAGAAGCACUGGGGGAGAGUUAGGUGCAGAGCUUCAGGCUGAGGCACUGCUGAGAGGGCCUCGCCCGCCUCUGCUGCCAGCUGCACCCCACUCUUGGACCACCCCCUGCUGAGAAGGACAGGGAGCCAAGGCCGGCAGAGCCAAGGCUCAGUCAUGAGAACACAAAUUGAAGUGAUCCCUUGCAAAAUCUGUGGGGACAAGUCGUCUGGGAUCCACUACGGGGUUAUCACCUGUGAGGGGUGCAAGGGCUUCUUCCGCCGAAGCCAGCGCUGUAACGCAGCCUACUCCUGCACCCGUCAGCAGAACUGCCCCAUCGACCGCACCAGCCGAAACCGAUGCCAGCACUGCCGCCUGCAGAAAUGCCUGGCGCUGGGCAUGUCCCGAGAUGCUGUCAAGUUUGGCCGCAUGUCCAAGAAGCAGAGGGACAGCCUGCAUGCAGAAGUGCAGAAACAGCUGCAGCAGCGGCAACAGCAGCAACAGGAACCAGUGGUCAAGACCCCCCCAGCAGGGGCCCAAGGAGCAGAUACCCUCACCUACACAUUGGGGCUCCCAGAUGGGCAGCUGCCCCUGGGCUCCUCGCCUGACCUGCCUGAGGCUUCUGCCUGUCCCCCUGGCCUCCUGAGAGCCUCAGGCUCUGGGCCCUCAUAUUCCAACAACUUGGCCAAGGCAGGGCUCAAUGGGGCCUCAUGCCACCUUGAAAACAGCCCUGAGCGGGUCAAGGCUGAGGGCAGAGAGAGCUUCUAUAGCACAGGCAGCCAGCUGACCCCUGACCGAUGUGGACUUCGUUUUGAGGAACACAGGCAUCUUGGGCUUGGGGAACUGGGACAGGGCCCAGACAGCUACGGCAGCCCCAGUUUUCGCAGCACACUGGAGGCACCCUAUGCCUCCCUGACAGAGAUAGAGCACCUGGUGCAGAGCGUCUGCAAGUCCUACCGGGAGACGUGCCAGCUGCGGCUGGAGGACCUGCUGCGGCAACGCUCCAACAUCUUCUCCCGGGAGGAAGUGACUGGCUACCAGAGGAAGUCCAUGUGGGAGAUGUGGGAACGCUGUGCCCACCACCUCACCGAGGCCAUUCAGUACGUGGUGGAGUUCGCCAAGAGGCUCUCAGGCUUUAUGGAGCUCUGCCAGAAUGACCAGAUUGUGCUCCUCAAAGCAGGAGCAAUGGAAGUGGUGCUGGUUAGGAUGUGCCGGGCCUACAAUGCUGACAACCGCACGGUCUUUUUCGAAGGCAAAUACGGUGGCAUGGAGCUGUUCCGAGCCUUGGGCUGCAGCGAGCUCAUCAGUUCCAUCUUUGACUUCUCCCACUCCCUAAGUGCCUUGCACUUUUCUGAGGAUGAGAUUGCCCUCUACACAGCCCUUGUUCUCAUCAAUGCCAACCGGCCAGGGCUCCAAGAGAAAAGGAAAGUAGAACAGCUGCAGUACAAUCUGGAGCUGGCCUUUCAUCAUCAUCUCUGCAAAACUCAUCGCCAAAGCAUCCUGGCAAAGCUGCCACCCAAGGGAAAGCUUCGGAGCCUGUGUAGCCAGCACGUGGAAAGGCUGCAGAUCUUCCAGCACCUCCACCCCAUCGUGGUCCAAGCCGCUUUCCCUCCACUCUACAAGGAGCUCUUCAGCACUGAAACCGAGUCACCUGUGGGGCUGUCCAAGUGACCUGGAAGAGGGACUCCUUACCUCUCCCUAUGGCCUGCUGGCCCACCUCCCUGGACCCCGUUCCACCCUCGGCCUUUUCCUUUCCCAUGAACCCUGGAGGGUGGUCCCCACCAGCUCUUUGGGAGUGAGCAGAUGCUGCGACUGGCUUUCUGUCCGCAGGCUGGCCUGGCAGUGGGACAAUCGCCAGAGGGUGGGGCUGGCAGAACGCCAUCUCCAGCCUCAGCUUUGACCUGUCUCAUUUCCCUUAUUCCUUCACACCCAGCUUCUGGAAGGCAUGGGGUAGCUGGGAUAUAAGGACUUCUGGGGGACCAAGCCAUCCUCAAGAAAACAGGGGCAUCCUGGAUGAAUAGAAUGCAAUUCAUUCAGAAGCUCAGAAGCUAAGAAUAAGCCUUUGAAAUACCUCAUUGCAUUUCCCUUUGGGCUUCGGCUGAGGGAGAUGGAUCAAGCUCAGAGACUGGCAGUGAGAGCCCAGAAGGACCCAUAUAAAAUGAAUCUGGAGCUUUACAUUCUCUGCCUCUACCUUCCUCCCAGCUCAACAAGGAAGUGUUUGGGUACGCUACCCUUUUCCUGGGGUCUAACCAAAAAUGGAUGGGAUGAGGAUGAGAGGCUGGAGAUAAUUGUUUUAUGGGAUUUGGGUGUGGGACUAGGGUACAAUGAAGGCCAAGAGCAUCUCAGAUAUAGAGUUAAAACUCAAACCUGUUAUGUGCACUUUAAAAAUACACUUCAGGGGCUGGCACAAAUCUGAUCAGAGACACAUAUCCACACAGGGGAAACACACACAGACUCAACAGCAGUCAUGCAGUUCCAGAGACACGGGAACCUGACACAAUCUCUCUCAUCCGUGAGGCCACAGCUUGGAGGAGCCUAGUGGCCUCAGGGAAAAGUCCCAAUCCUGAGGGACCCCCCAGAGAUUUCCAUGGUGCUCCGGUCCACUGAUCUUGGGCCUGGGGUGAUCCAAACACCACCCCAGCUCCAGCUGUCUUCUACCACUAGUAGUGCCAAGAGAAGCAGAGGUGGCUGGCACUGGUCAGUCGGAAGGCACAAUCAGACCCUGGAGGACUUUCCUGGCCUGCCUGCUAGCCCUGCUCUUGUUGUGGAGAAGGAAGCAGAUGUGAUUGCAUCACCCCGUCAUUGGGCACCACUGACUCCAACAUGGAGGACACCAGGGAGCAGGGCCUGGGCCUGUUUCCCCAGCUGUGAUCUUGCCCACAACCUCUCUUGGCUUUAUAAACAGCUGUGAACCCUCCCCUGAGGGAUUAACAGCAAUGAUGGGCGGUUGGGGGGUUGGGGGUGGAUUGUGUCCUCUAAGGAGACAGGUUCAUCUGAGUAAACAUAAACCCCAACUUGUGCCAUUCUUUAUAAAAUGAUUUUAAAGGCAA